CUGAACGCAAACAAUGUUUUUCCACAUAUAGCUUCAUUAGGUUUGCUCUAGUACUCAUAUAUUUUUCUGUCUUCAUCUGUGCCUUAGGUGUUAUCCGUACAGCAAUGUCCAAUAUGGACCGUGAGACCAGGGACCACUAUUCUGUGGUAAUCCAAGCCAAGGACAUGGCGGGCUCGGUCGGAGGACUAUCUGGUUCUACUACCGUCAACAUCACCCUCACUGAUGUCAAUGACAACCCUCCAAAGUUUUCACAGAAGAGCUACCAGCUGUAUGUACCAGAACUGGCUCCAGUAGGAAAGGCAGUGGGUCGGAUCAGAGCCAGUGAUGAAGAUGAAGGGCAGAAUGCUGAGAUGACCUACAGUAUCACUAAUGCAGAUGCAGCUUCCAUCUUCACCAUCACCACUGAUACUGAGCACAGGGAGGGAAUCAUUUCCCUCAAGCAGCCCCUGAACUAUGAGAAGAGAAAAGUUCACACCCUCAACAUUGAAGGUUCCAACACUUACACAGACUCCCACUUCUCCCACCUGGGGCCGUUUAAGGAUUCCACAUCGCUGCGAGUCAUUGUUGGUGAUGUGGAUGAGCCUCCUAUCUUCUCCAUGGACUACUACAUAAUGGACGUGUAUGAAAACUCACCUGCCGGAACCCAGGUUGGAGCUGUUACUGCCGUAGACCCUGAUAGCACCAACAGCGUUGUCAGGUACUUCAUAGAAAACGAAGAGGAAAGGCCUUUGUAUUUCACCAUUGGGGUGAAUAGUGGCAUCAUCAGGACUUCUCAGGUUCUGGACAGGGAGGAAAUAGCAUGGCAUAACAUAACUGUGAUGGCUGCAGAGGUUGAUAACCCUCGUAUGGUGAGUCAUGUCCCAGUCACCAUCCAGGUCCUGGAUGUCAAUGACAACAUUCCAGCAAUCUUUGGAGGCAACAAUGCCAUCAUAGUGUGUGAGAACACCAAAAAUGGACAGGUAAUUCAGACAAUCAGAGCAGCAGAUCUGGACAACUUUGCAAAUGGGAAGUUUUCCUUCUAUGUGCCCGCUGAGUAUCCAGUCAAUCCGAAUUUUACCUUGAAGGACAACAGAGACAACACUGCCAGUAUAGUAUCUCGUCGGCAUGAAGGCUUCAGCAAGGACAGAGACCAGGAGUUCUUCAGCCUCAUGCUGGUGGUGGCUGAUGGUGGCGAGCCUCCUCUGAGCAGCACUGCUACACUCUCCCUCAGAGUCUGUGUGUGUCAGAGGAACGCAAGGGGGCGUAACAGCAACAAUGUCUGUCAGGCCCAGGCUUUCUUGUCUUCAGCUGGCCUCAGCACUGGCGCUUUUGUGGCCAUACUUCUGUGUAUUGUCAUAUUACUUGCCCUGCGAUCUGUUGGAGACUGGUCUGGGGUGUACCCCACCUCUCGCCCGUAG